UCGCAGCCCCCUCUUCCGCAUACCGCAGGCACGCGUACGUACGCACGCGCACGCUGCGGAGCGAUGCUUCCGCGGUGCUGCGCGUUCUCCUCUUGCUCGGCGCAUCUUCCUCACUGAUCGUCACCCAUCAUCCAUCGAUCCCUGCCGCCAUAAAGAUAAAAAAAAAAAAAAAAAACGAUGCUCCUGUGUCAUCUUUUGAUGUAAAUCUCCGCGUACGAGGAACAGGAGGGGAGAUGAUGACACCAGGCGUACCAUAGCACCUUGGUCUUUUCCCAUCCUUGAUUUAUUUUAUUUCAAUUUUUUUAACGGUUUUUUCCCCUCUUGUGUCCGCUUCGGUGACGUUUUUGGGGGCCUGCAUGCGGUGACCGGCGGGAAUGUGUGACGACCAUGCUGGCGGUGCGGUGCUUCUUGCUCUUUGCUGCAGUGGGCGAGCGGCUGGCGGUGCCAGAUGUAAACAGGAGCCCAAGCCAGGAUGGCGGUGCCUGGGAUUGGUCGCCCUGGCCCGGGCAGAGGAUGGAGGGCAGCGAUACUGCAGCCCAGGUGACCUUCCCCAAACGCCUGGUGCGAAAGACUGAGUCGGAGCAGGAAAUGGCUCAUGAGCACCUGGACACCAGAGUGAAAACCAACACGCCAUACAAUUCGGCCGUCCACUUGGCGCAGAGCUCUUUCCAGAUGGAAGCCUUCGGACGUAGAUUCACGCUGGACCUGGAACUAAACCAUCACCUGCUGUCCUCGGACUAUGUGGAGCGGCAUUUUACGCCGGACGGCCGACCCUUGCAGUCGCUGGGAGGGGAGCACUGCUACUACCAGGGAAGGUUGCGAGGUGUGCCCGAGUCCUGGGCGGCCCUCUCCACCUGCCACGGCCUGUGUGGAAUGUUCUCAGAUGGCAUCUUCUCUUACUGGAUUGAGCCUGUUUACAAUGACAGCAAGGAGGAAAAUGGCGCCCACCUGAUCCAUAAGAUGUCCGAUUUCAGGCUCUCCCCCCAGUGUGAAGACUGCACAGAGGACAACAAGUGGGAUGGCAGAGGAGGCGACGAAGACCAAGGGGGGCAUCAGCAGCAGGAGGCAUCGGGGGUGCUAAGGCGAUCCAAGAGGUUCGCUCGCAGACCCUCCGUGCAGACCGAGACCAAAUAUAUCGAGUUGAUGGUGGUCAACGACAAUGACAUGAUUGUACAGCUGCGACGCUCCGGCAGCCAGACGAGAAACUUUGCCAAAGCGGUGGUCAACAUGGCCGACGCAAUCUACAAGGAGCAGCUGAAUACCAGGAUCGUGCUGGUCGCCAUGGAGACGUGGACCUCAAAGAAUAUGGUGCCAGUGGUGGAGGAACCGCUGACCACGCUGCAGAAUUUUAUGAAGUACAGACGGGACAACAUCCGCGAACAGAGCGACGUUGUCCAACUUUUCUCAGGGCGUACGUUUCAGAGCGGCCGCAGUGGGACGGCAUACACGGGAGGAGUGUGCUCGCCGACGAGGGGAGGGGGCAUCAAUGAGUUUGGGAAUGUCGGCGCCAUGGCCAUCACUUUGUGCCAGAGCCUGGGCCAGAACAUUGGGAUGCGGUGGAACAAUGCCCGCAACUCUGCAGGAGACUGCAGGUGUCCUGACACUUGGCUGGGCUGUAUUAUGGAGGACACUGGAUACUAUCUGCCCAGAAAGUUUUCUCGCUGCAGUGUGGAUGAAUACCUCCAGUUCUUGCUCCAGGGAGGCGGCAGUUGCCUCUUCAACAAGCCCAACAAGCUGUUGGACCCUCCAGAAUGUGGCAAUGGCUUUGUAGAACCUGGUGAAGAGUGUGAUUGUGGAUCCCAGGUGGAGUGCGCCCGCAGCGGAGGCGCCUGCUGUAAAAAAUGCACGCUCACCCACGACGCUAUGUGCAGCAAUGGACUGUGCUGCCGUGGCUGUAAGUAUGAGCUGAGAGGCGUGGUGUGUCGAGAGGCUGUCAACGACUGUGACAUCCCGGAGAGCUGCACUGGAGACUCCAGCCAGUGUCCUCACAACGUCCACAAGCUGGAUGGCUACACGUGUGAAACUAAUCAAGGUCGUUGUUAUGGCGGACAAUGUCGCACUCGAGACGGCCAGUGUAGGGGGCUCUGGGGUUUCAACUCAGCAGACAGGUUUUGUUACGAGAAGCUCAACGCCGAGGGGACGGACAAAGGGAAUUGCGGUCGCGGUCCCGGCGGCCAAGGCUGGCUUCAGUGCAAUAAGCCGGACGUUUUGUGCGGCUUCCUGUUCUGCGCCAACAUCAGCACAAAGCCAAAAUUUGGGGACCUUCAAGGCGAGGUGACCAGUUUCACCCUCUACCACCAGAACAAGUACCUGGACUGUCGGGGCGGCCACGCUCUGCUGGAGGACGGCUCGGACCUGGGCUACGUGGAGGACGGAACCCCCUGCGGUCCCAACAUGAUGUGCUUGGAGCGACGUUGCCUCCCGGUGGCGGCCUUCAACCUCAGCAGCUGCGCGGGGUCCAACUUGGGACGCAUCUGCUCCGACCACGGGACGUGCAGCAACGAGGUGAAGUGCAUCUGCGACAGGGACUACACCGGCAAGGACUGCAGCGUCUUUGAUCCCAUCCCCGAACCCACCGUCCCAACAGGCACGGAAAAGAAAGAAACAUUCGCAGAGGAAGAUCUGGUGGAGGGUAGGAUGUUCACCAUCAGUCUCUGUGUCCUGCCCACUUCCUGUCUUCUUCUUUUUCUUCUACUUCUUCUUCUUGGUCGCAUGGAGGAGAAAAAAAAGGGAACAAUAACAACAACAAAAUGUCUUCCACUCCUAUUCCCAUCUCUCCAGUCCUCCUUUUGUUGUCACCUCUAUCCUCUUUACUGUGCGGGACACACCGGUCGGGGUCUUCCUCCACUGUUAGGACGAAGAGCAAAUCAGCCAAGAUGUUUGCACUGCCUGCCUGGACCACAAUCUUCUUCUCAUGGAAAAAUGACUUGCGUGAUGUGUAAAAUAAGAUUAAUAUGCUAAAGAGGUUCAUUCCCUGCCAUAGCCUCAACAGCACACGCACAUUUCCUGUACUUAAUGAACCUGGACUGGAUCCAGCUUCGAUCUGGUCCAUAUCUGGACUGGACUAGAUUAGAUUUGGACUGGAUUGGGACUGCGGAUGAAUGGAUGGACAGACGGACGGACGGACCUGGACUGAUCAGAUCUUGACUCAAUCUGGAAUAACUGGAACUUUACCUGCUCUAGAUUGAGUCUGGACUACAUCUGUAAUGGACCACGACCCUACAAGGAACAUGUGUACUUGGUCAGGACCAGAUCAAGACUGGAUCAAGACUUCAUAUGAAUGGUGCAGGUCUGGAUCUGGGUUGAUAUGGGCCACAUCGCUGGAUCGGACAUGGAACAAAUCUGGCUACAGUUCUAUACUGGAUCUGGACUAAACCUAAGAAGUGAAUUAUUGAUAUUUUAACAUUACCUUCAAUUUGCCUAAGAAUGAUGGAUGGAACUUUAGUAAAUGUGACAAUAGUUCUAAAAAAAAUCGAUUGCCGGCCCAAACCUAUUGUGACUAUUCUGGAGUGAAUCUGGAUUAGAUCCAGACUGCCCUGUAACAACUGCCCUGGAAUUGAUCUGGAUUAUAUUUGGAACAAAUGUGCUGCCACUUCAUCACCGUGAAAAUUCCAAGCAUGUUUUCCAAAGAAGGACUUGAAGAGGGACCAAGUGUUUUUACUCCGACUGCCAAACAGCUGGUCCAAGUGGACCACGUUUCAGAAGAGUGAAGGAUUGAGGGACUUUUGUGUUUUUUGGGAUCAAUUGACAGGACCAGCGUUGUCAAUGCCAGACUGUACAUUUCACUGACCCUUGUCAGCGUUCACCACGUUUUUACUCUUUGGACAUUUUAACCGAACGCUUGUUGUUUUUUUAAAAGAGCAGAAGAAGAAUAUGUGCACGUCACAACGGAGCCCUUCAACUUUUCAAUGUAAUAACGACAUGAAGAAGAAUGUCACCUAACAGGACUUGAAGGGAGAUUCCCCUCUGUUUGUGUUUGUGGAGAUGUCCAUUUUGCUUCAUUAGCAAUUAGCUCCCAUUGUCAUGUCUGUGAUCUACUUCCUGAUCGAAACUUUCUUAAAUUGUUAAAUUGGUAGGAUUUCAUACAAAAAUUUUCAAAAAAAGAAACGUUAUAAUAGCGCUCACAAUUUACUGCCAAACUAAACGUGAAAAAACAUGACACUUUGUUUUAAACAACCAAACUGCCGAAAGUAGGGCAAUGCUAAACUAACCCGAAGGCAAUUUAGCAUCUAAGCUGUGGUGCUUUAAACUUGUAUAAGCUACGGACUGAGCACAAAUGUUCAGCAACAUGUGGGCAGACACUAUAAGAGUACUUAGUUAUGUAUUCUUUAUCAUCUGCCAAGAGUGAGUAAUAUCAGUGCCGAACUGAUGAGCUCAGAGAGCAGUCGAGACAAAAUUUAUUUAUGAACUGUACAGGCCCUGUUUUUAGGAACAUUUUUAAAACCAACUGCAGAAAAUGGCAGUCGCAAAAAAAAAGUCAAAGAAGGGGCAAAAACUUUUCCCUUAGCCCAUUAUGAGCCUACAAAAGCAUGUCACUUUCUUUGUGUGAUUUCCUACUCAAUUCUCACGCGGCCAUUUUGUUUCCAUGAGCACAUCACUACCUGCAGUGACGAAAUCACAAAAAUAAUGAGCUAUUUAUGUAAAUAUGUGCAAGCUAUGCUGAAUGUUAAAAUGCACCAUAUUGUUGAGGGGGAAUAAUUUAAACGGCACUUUUUUUUUAUUUGUACUGUUUGUUUGUAAAUUUUAAUUUCAUCCUUUGUCAGGGCAGCCCGUGCACUGCCAUGAGUGAGUGUGCAUGAGCGUGCACUUUUUGGGUGGGUUUUGAGCUUUGCACUGUGGUAUGCACUAGUAUGGCACAUAUUAGGAAUACAGAGAGCGUGUGUUAUGUCAUGUGCAGAGCUGCUAUCAAUCAUUUUAAAAGAGAAAAAAAA